AUGUCGGAGCAGGAGUCUCUGAGGUGCUCCAGCGGGAGAAACCGUGGUGGCGUACAGAGAGUUGAAGGCAAACUGCGGGCCAGCGUAGAAAAAGGGGAUUACUAUGAAGCACACCAGAUGUAUAGGACGUUAUUUUUUAGGUACAUGUCACAGGCAAAACACAAUGAAGCCAGAGAGCUGAUGUUCAAUGGUGCCCUACUCUUCUUCAGCUACAACCAGCAAAACAGCGCAGCAGAUCUUUCCAUGCUAGUACUUGAGGUGCUGGAAAAGUCCGACAGCAAAGUGGAAGAAGAUAUAUUAGAAAGUCUGGCCAAGCUGUUCAGCCACAUGGAUCAGAACUCUCCGGAAAGAGUAGCGUUCGUGUCUAGAGCCUUGAAAUGGUCCACGGGGGGCUCCGGAAAGUUGGGGAAUCCAAAGUUGCACCAGUUGCUGGCUGUCACCUUGUGGAAAGAGCAAAACUAUAGUGAAUCUCGUUACCACUUCCUGCAUUCGUCCGACGGGGAGGGCUGCGCACAAAUGCUGGUGGAGUAUUCGUCCUCCCGAGGUUUCCGGAGCGAGGUGGACAUGUUUGUGGCCCAGGCAGUCCUACAGUUCCUCUGCCUAAAGAACAAAAACAGCGCUUCCGUCGUGUUUAGCACGUACACAGAAAAACACCCGUCCAUAGAGAGGGGUCCACCAUUUGUUCAGCCCCUCCUUAACUUUAUCUGGUUUCUGCUGCUGGCAGUGGAUGGGGGUAAAUUAACAGUUUUCACAGUGUUAUGUGAGCAAUAUCAACCUUCACUGAAGAGGGACCCCAUGUAUAACGAGUACCUCGACAGAAUAGGACAGCUUUUCUUCGGCGUUCCCCCCAAACAAUCCCCGUCGUACGGCGGCCUACUAGGAAAUUUGCUCAACAGCCUGAUGGGAGCGGGCGAGGACGACGACGGCGUGGAGGAAGCCCAGGAGGACAGCAGCCCCAUCGAGCUGGAUUGA